AAUAUUCCAAUGUUCAGGAAUUUUGGCACCAUUUGUGUGGCCAAAUGUAGACCGUGUCUUCAGUGUGUGCACUCUGUUUUCAAGCUAAAUGCCGGGCAAAUAUCUAACCUCAAUGGCAUUUAAAACAUUCCAAAAACUCCCGUUGUAGUCCAAACAUUUCCACAACACAGUCAGCUGCUACUGAAACACCGGAAAUUCAUACCAGCGUGGAUCUGUUUACAGGGAGUUCUGGCAGUGGCUAACACAAAAUCAAUUUGGAAGUUGAGCUGAAUUUGCACUCGUCAUACAGUUGGGUGAACCUCUUUUACGGUAUCCAUUCAUCUGACGAUGGUGUAUAGCUUGCGUUUUAAUUAUGGUCCACUACAAAUAGUGUAUCAUCAGUUUACAAACCUAGUUUUGGGAACAUGCUAACUACCUGCUCACAACCAUGAAGCUACAAUGGCUAACUUUUCUAUACAUGCAUAAAUGAUUACAGGCAGAUGCACUUUACUCAAGCUAACAAACUAGCCAGCUAGCUAAUGAAUAAUUUCCCUGGUGGGAUUGGCGAAUGUCAAAAGUUGAAGUGUUUUAACUUGUGGCGGACUACCGCAGAUUCUUGUAUGUUUGACAGCUAAAUGUAACAACCUGUUGCUGUUAUAACAUGUAGAACUAAUCAACCUGUUGCCAUUCGUGCAGUAGGCCUAUCUAUCAAUGGCGUGCUAGUGAUGCCAAGGUAUAGCUAAUUAUAGGCUACGUUAACCUCGGGAUGUUCAAGCUGAGUGUUUCAGUUUUGGACGGCGUUCAUAUUUAUCAGUCAAUGUAAUUGCAUUAGUAAUUGCAUUACACGUCAAUGAAUUGUUUUGCAGCGUUACGGGUGUGUUGAUUACCUUGAGGUAUUUUGGUGUGAGAGCACAGUCAGGCAAAAUGUACAGCACACUGCAUCACCUAGGUUCGGACACAUGUGUUAUUUCUUAGCUGUAUAAAUCAACGUCUUCUUUAGGUGCUUAGAUAAAGCAAUGUGGCAGCUAAGGUAAGGCCAAUUAAACUGUGAUAUAGGUACCGUUAACCCAAUCCCAUUGCAAUGGCGAGUGCAAUAGCUUCAAAAAUGGGACUGCACUCUCUGCGGAGGAAACAAGCCAAGACGUUCAACGUUCAAAUAGCGACCAUGGACGCAGACAUGGAAUUCAGCUGCGAGGUCAAAUGGAAAGGGAAAGACCUUUUUGAUCGAGUUUGUAGGACUAUGGGCUUGAGGGAGACCUGGUUCUUCGGCCUCCAGUAUGCCGUCAAAGACACGGUGGCUUGGCUAAAGAUGGACAAGAAGGUUCUGGACCAUGACAUUCCAAAAGAGGAGCCAAUCGUGCUCUACUUCCUGGCCAAGUUCUACCCUGUGAAUGCAGAGGAGGAGCUGGUUCAAGACAUCACACAACAUCUCUUCUUCUUGCAGGUGAAGAGAAAGAUCCUGGAAGAGGAGAUCUACUGCCCCCCUGAGGCAUCCGUUCUGCUGGCCUCCUAUGCGGUCCAGGCCAAGUAUGGGGAUUAUGACCCUAAUGUUCACAAGCCAGGCUUUUUGGCUGAAGAGGAACUUCUACCAAAGAGGGUGAUAAACCUUUACCAGAUGACGGCGGAAAUGUGGGAGGAGAGGAUCACUGCCUGCUAUGCAGAGCAUCGUGGGAGAACAAGGGACGAGGCGGAGAUGGAGUAUUUGAAAAUUGCUCAGGACCUGGAGAUGUAUGGGGUCAAUUACUUCUUCAUCAGGAAUAAAAAGGGAACUAACCUGUUGCUGGGGGUGGAUGCGAUGGGAUUGCAUAUCUACGACCCGGACAACAAACUCACUCCCAAAAUCUCAUUUCUCUGGAACGAGAUCCGCAACAUCUCCUACAGCGAUAAAGAGUUUGCCAUCAAGCCCCUGGACAAGAAGACCGAUGUUUUCAAGUUCAACUCGUCCAAGCUCCGGGUGAACAAGCUGAUCCUGCAGCUGUGUAUUGGUAACCAUGAUCUGUAUAUGAGGAGGUGUCGUGUGGACUCCCUGGAGGUGCAGCAGAUGAAGACCCAGGCUCGUGAGGAGAAGGCCCGCAAGCAGGUGGAGCGUCAGCAUCUGGAGCGUGAGAAGCAGCUGAGAGAGGAGGCGGAGCGAGCUCGAGACGAACUGGAGAGGAGACUACUGCAGCUGCAGGACGAGGCACACAUGGCCAACGAAGCACUGUUGCGUUCGGAGGAGACAGCGGACCUGCUGGCGGAGAAGGCUCAGAUCGCGGAGGAGGAGGCCAAGCUAUUGGCCCAGAAGGCGGCGGAGGCGGAGCAAGAGAUCCAGCGCAUCAAGCUGACGGCCAUCCGCAGCGAGGAGGAGAAGAGGCUCAUGGAGCAGAAGAUGCUGGAGGCCGAGAUGCUCGCGCUCAAGAUGGCCCAGGAGUCCGACCGGAGAGCCAAGGAGGCAGACCAGCUAAAGCAGGACUUACACAAGGCUCGGGAAUCGGAGAGGAGAGCCAAACACAAACUUCUGGAGAUCACCAGCAAAUCCCCCUACACGCCGCCGCCCCUGUCGGCCAACGCCAUGCCCUCUGACGUCCCCAACUUCAGCUUCAGCACAGAGAACCUCAGCUACGACUUCAAGGACACCGACAUGAAACGCCUGUCCAUGGAGAUCGAGAAGGAGAAGGUGGAGUACAUGGAGAAGAGUAAGCACCUGCAGGAGCAGCUGAACGAGCUGAAGACGGAGAUCGAGUCCCUGAAGCUGCGGGAGAGAGAGACGCCGCUCGACAUCCUGCACAACGAGAACUCACAACAGGGAAACACCAAGCACAACACCUACAAAAAGCUCACAUUGCAGAGCGCCAAAUCCAGAGUGGCCUGCUUUGAGGAGCUGUAGCCGCAGAGCCUAAUGGAGGAUGUGUGUGUGGGUCUGUGUGUGUGGGUCUGUGUGUGUGUAUAUAUACACGUGUGUGUGUACUGCACGCCGGUGCCUGCGUUUGCAUGUCUGUUGGUGUGUAAAAAUGGGACUAUUUGUCUGUGACUGCCUGUGUGUGUGUGUGUGUGUGUGUGUGUGUGUGUGUGUGUGUGUGUGUGUGUGUGUGUGUGUGUGUGUGUGUGUGUGUGUGUGUGUGUGUGUGUGUGUGUGUGUGUGUGUGUGUGAGAGAGAGAGAGAGAGAAAGAGCGAGCGAGAGAGGGAGACAAAGAAGGAAGACUGUUACUAAGGAAACGGGCACAAGCCUCCCGGAGCAGAGCCGUGCAUUUAAGCACUCCCACUUUGAGGACCAGAGGAACACACACGCACACACACACACACGCAUAUUCAAACACACACACACUUUGAGGACCAGAGGAACACUAAUAGGAGCUGUUGCCACUACUGACGGGACACUAAACACUAUUGCCGCAAUGCUGCUCCAUGCCGCAGCCCCCUGAGACACACACACACACACACACACACAUUUACUCAUACACAUACACAUGAACAUAGACACGCACACACAUACAUAAACACACUCAUAUCCAUACACAUGUACACAAAAGCGAACACACAUGCACACUCACUCUUGCACAUUCACUCACACACACACACACACAC